UCCGGAGGCCAUCAGCGAAUUGCUGCGACCGUCCCUACUCGUAUCGAAAGCCUAUGGCUAUCUAGCAAGGUAAAUCUCUGCUACCCCGGACGAGACACCCUCAAGGCCUGCACCGAGGUAAACGCAAUGAGCAACCGUGGCUUCACAAGCAGGGGUAUUGCUGUGGACAGCGUAGAGCACAAGGUCGUGGUUUGGUACGAUGGUCUGAGCAUGACGAACAUCACCAGAAAUCCGACAUCUCAAUGUGUCCCUAAUAGCACUUCCCAGAUAUUCAUGUGCAUGCAAUGCAAGCCUGACCUAGGAACAAUGGAGCCAGACGACAUGUAUGCUCUGCUAGAGCGAUUGCAUCCAUCCCAGCCCGAAGACCCCGAACUCUGGGCAGAAAUAGGCCAUCUUGUCGAAUUGUCUCUGGUGGAUCUAUUCAGAUAUGUUGAAGCCAAUCCAAUCUACCUCCAGGGUGCGUACCGGAAACCUUGGAAGCAGCAUUACUUGCACUGGGCUCGGCACCAUAUGGACAAAUGCACGCAAAAGCGCCUCCAUUCAGGCCUGGAACUCAAUGCGACCGAUAGUCAGCUGCAUGGGAAGAAGAUAGGAUGGCAGAUAUGCGCUAACGAUAUAGGUAUAGAUGCUCCAAUUCUAUGAGAAACAUAUAAAAAUUUCUUGAAAUGGCGGCAAGUGCGUUUGAAAUGGAACUAGUGUUUAAUAU